GGCUCCCGCUGAAUUUCUUUGUGUUCGUUUGAUCGUGAAAAACAAACAAAUUAGUUCUGCGACGCCAAAACGGCGUUUAUACCUAAAUUGCUCUUGCUGAAAAACAUGUCUUGAAGCAGUAUGAAAAUUUCAUCAAAUUUAAGGUAAUGUAAAAUCCCAAAUCCAUAUAAUUGCAAAUGUGGCAUCAAUGAUUAAAUGAAUAAUUUUAGUUUGUUUGCAGCGGAACAACUUUCCAAGGCGGUUUGUCUUAAAAUCUAUGUAUCCCCAGCUGAAACACGUACGCGGUUGUUCUGAUAAGAAACUAGAUUGAUUUCCACUCCGAAAACAUCCGUAGUUUCCACUGACAUAAAACCUUCUCAGUUAUAAAUGAUCGUGUCUUAAACCCAUCGACAGUACUUUUUCUCUUCAAUUUGACAAAUCUUAAGUUACUGUAGUAAAAUUAAAAAAUAUCAUUUAUAAAACUAAUAACAGAAACGUAAUCUUAAAUCAGAUAUGAAUUUCGUAUCUGUCUUUUUCUGUCAAACUCUUUGGUCUGCUUUCUCUCCGGCAUAGUCACAAAACAAAAACCUUGCUGUGAUUUCUUUCUCGCCGAAUCAGGAAUAACGCUAAGUUUUAUUUAGCACUUGAAACAUUACCGGAAUUUUUCGAGGACGAAUUAAGCUAGAAAACAUGCAAACACCAGAUGACGCGGCAGACGUGUUUGUAGAAGACACUUUAGGAAAAACAAGAGAACACCCAAUCGCUCACAAUGUGACAAUGAAAACAACAAAUGCCUGCUAAAUUUGGCACUGAUGACGUCACGCGUCCAUCAAAGCGUUUUGCAUUUGAUGGGCUUAAAAUUGAGCUGUAAGAAAAAGACUAGUUCAUAUGAAAACUAACUACUCUGGUGGAAGGAGGUAGCACAUAAGCACAGACGUCUUUCAAAUUCACAAAGCCCGCAUCGUUAUUCAUAAAUUAUAGGGAAAGAUGGUUCUACGUUUCAGCCCGUUCAGGUUCCCUAGCUGGUCAUUUGCCGACUGGGCCCAGUUUGAACUGGACACUUUGGAAGAUAUUUUCAAGAGAUCAGACUGGCAGGAGAGAGCCCUUAAACCUGCUCUGUCCUCAAUUCUCGCCCCAGCUCUCUGCGCCGUUUACGCGUCAUAUGAAGACAAGUCCAUCUCAAAUCUCGAAGAUGAUCAUGUCAUUUGGGACCGUCAUUACACUCUUAAGGAUUUGUCCAGCAUUGAGGUGAAGAUACAGCGAGCCGACAGCCCCACAUCCUCGCGAAACAGCUUUUUCCUCCCGAUUGGCGAUGACCGUGAGAGACCUCGGUCACCGGAACUGCUGUACCCGCCUAUUGCUAACAUAGCCGAGAUUAAAGAAAAGCUUCCCCCGCCAUGCGAUUCCGGAAGAUCUUCGCCAAUCUUCGUCUCAGGAUACGAAGCCGAAAGACAAAGAAAUGACAUCAAGCAAUUCGGACGCGAAGUGGCUUCCAAACUCGCCGAGAGAAGAGCUGAAUACGCUAAGAGGAGGAUGAAUCAACUUCAGGAAGAAAAUGAAAUAAUUGAGCGCAACAUAGAGGAGGCAGUCAAAAGUAAAAUGAAACAGCUUCAAAUGGCGGACCACUUAGAGAAGGACGGAACAUUCCUGAAGGACAGGAGAGCCAAACUAUGGAGACGGUGCGCAAAUAUGGCGGAAAUCCUGGCCAAAGAAGAAACAGAGGCGAUAUUAUGGCAGAAAAGAUACAAAGAAGCCAUUGCAGUUGUGUCUGGAAGCUUUGCUUUUUUCUAAUCUCGUAUGUUGAUAGGCAUGUACGUGCUGUUAGAAGGCGGUGUGAUGGUUCGUUCAGACGGAGACGAGGAGACGAAACUAUGACGAGUCUCGUCAUGAGAACGGGUCCUGUCAAAAGAAAGAAGACCCAGGACCGCAGCAGCUCCCAAUCCCAGAAAUGAAAUUGCGGAGUCAAAGAUGGUUAUUUUUCUCCCGUCCUGAAUGAUACCUGACAAUUUUGUAUAAAAAAUAAGACCGAGUAAAAGAUCUACGAAAAAAUAAAGGCAUCACAAGAGAGGCCGGUCUCGAGUAAAAUGUCAGUUCUGAGAAUGAAAAUGAAAGAUAUAAACAAGAACGAGGAUACAUACUGUCUCAAUGUGAUGCGAUUUUCUUCCUUGUGAAAACGGGUCUACAAAAUUACAUUUAAUUCGAAGGAGAUCACCGAGGCAAUUAACGUGGUUGAGACCGAAGAGGACUGGAAAGUAUUACGAACGGGAGACUUGAACAAAACAUAAAACAUUUAGGCGUCGAAACAGUUCAUGAUGCACCAGUAAUUGAACUGAAUAUUUAUUGUAAACUUUUUAUAUAAAUUGAACUGUUUUGGGAAAACGUUUGACUUCAGUAUAGCUUCUUUCUUGUUCGAAAUCUUUCUGCCGAUCGACCGCAGUAUACUACCAUGGAUUUUUUAUUUGCUGUGCAUGACGAUCAGCAGACCAAAGGCUACUGAAAAAAUGAUGUGACAUUUAUUGAACAAGGAUUUACCAGCAAUAUAAAGUUAAAAUCAAUUAUAUGAUACUUUACAAUUAAUUUAACACACUCUUUCUAAAACAAACAAAUCGAUAUUUCAUUACUUUUUCAAACGCAUGACGGAUGCUUCGAGAAAAUUCCAAAGCGAAAGAUCGAGAUUUUUAUUGCCAUUUGCAUGAUGUAAUAGGUCUUUAAAAUAUUUUCUCGCAUUCACGUGUGCUCUAUACGUAAAUCACGCAAAAAAAAAAAAUUGUGUGAGCGCGUAACGUAAAGUAAGCGCGCGGAAACAUAUAGUAAGAAUACUGGUUAGGAUACAAAUCGUGGAGUAAAACCAAUUUUAAAAAAAUGAAUAUUUUGAAAUCUUUGGUCCUCUUCUUUUAAUCUCGUAGUCUUUUUGGUACUCGCGGUUUUUUCAGGGUUUUUUUUUUAUAAACGAUCUCCGAAAGUAGAUAUGCUGAUUGCUAAUUAUAACCAUAUGCUUGAUAUGCUUGAGAUGCUUGUCUUACUUGACAUGCUUGACUUACUUGAGGUGCUUGACUUACUUGAGAUUCUUGCCUUACUUGAGACGCAUGUCGUACUUGAGUUUCUUGACGUACUUGAGAUUCUUGUCUUACUUGACAUGCUUGACUUACUUAGACCCAACCUAAGUUUUCGGGCAUGUGCAUUUUGGCAGAACUGUUUUAGAAAAAGCGAGAAGCACUUAAUUUCAAAUAUAUUUUGUUCUUUUUAUUUCGCAAUUCGUCGCAACGAGUAAUCUUACUCUGGAAGUCAUUUCCGCACUUCACAUAGCAGGAAUUUUGAAAAAAAUCAAUUGCAUAGAAAGGGACGCAACUGCGCAUGCGUACUGCCGCAAUUGAAGAAAGAUGACCGUUAUGUUAGUUAUUUCAACCGUUUCAAUAACCCUAUACAAACUUUACGAAUAUAGCCAUGAUAUAGCUCAUCAUUACCGACAUCUUGUUAGAAAUUGCAAGAAUAACAUGAAUUUCCACUGAACGCAUCCCACAAGGGCCAACCAGCGGUUGGGGAAUAAUAUGAUUAGUGGGACUAGUUGUAUGAUAUCAUCAGUUAGGGUGAUCCUUACCUGUAGCCCCUCGGGGCACAGUGAGGAACGUGAUGAGAGAGAGGAAAUGAUUCCACGUGAGUUAGCCCUCUCGGACCUGGUGGCCACAACACCCACCGGGAACUCCCCUCUGACACCCUGCUGAUGUACAUAGUACAGAAAACCAUAAUGUAAAAUGGGAAACCUGCACCAAUUUGGUGUGGCUUCUUCCCCGCGUUAAUACAGUUCAUCGCUUUUUCUUCGCACCCAAGUAAAAAUGACGAUUUGAAAAUGAGCAAUACUCGCUACGAUCAAUUCGAAUGCCAACCUCGAUCCCAGGCUCUCUCCUUUGCCAACGACAAGGGAGGUAAGAGAGAGAGCCUGGGUCGAGGUUGUUUGCUUCAAAGAGUUCCUCGAUUUUGUUCGUCUCCAACUUCCGGUUUGCGUGCUAGUUUAUCUUCAAGUUUUUGCCCUUUUUUUUGUAAAAAAAUACUUGUAACCAGAUUUUAGCAUUCUACAUGUAAAUGACAUGAUACACCAUGAAUUGUCCAACAUAUCCAAAAAUUUUAAAUACCAUACACAACUGAAAAAUUGACUUUGACUCAAAAAAUUUGAGACUCCUAAUAAGCAGUGUUGAUUUUAUUCUCUCAUUCUAGAAGAAAAAAUUACUUCAACAUAAUAAAUACUCUGUACAACUUUUGUACACCUUCAUAUGAACGAAUAUUAUUGAUGAAAAUAUAUAUUUACAUCUAUUCACAAAUGUCUUGCAUAUUUAUAAAAUAAUCUCAGAAGUCCCAGCUUGCAAAAGAUAUUUGUAUAAAAUCAAUUUCAAAUUACCUUGCUACGUUACUAACAACAGUUUUACACAAUUAAUUCACCUAAUAAAAACCUCUCAAAAACAUUUGCUUUUUUGACCAAUUUUUCUCUCUUGAAUACUCUAUUCAUGUGA